AUGUUCAAAAAUCAGUAUCAGGGUGGUGCAUUUGUUGAAAUAUUCAGUGCUCAAGGCAAGAACCCAGGAGCAAAAUGGAAGAUUCUUGGCAAUCCAGCAGCGAUCCGGAAAGAAUAUGAUAAAGAAGUGAAAGGCUUUGCUUUUGUACUUGAAGGAAGCAGUCAAAUCAACAAAAUGCAGCUACCAAAAGAAACUCGACAAACUUUGGGACUGAUCCAGCAAUUUCUGACACUUCAGAUUUUUGUGCCAGUGGGACAAGACUUCUCUACUGAGUUACUGAUAACUGAUUUAGGAAAUAUUAAAAGAAGAUUGUAUUUAUCAACAGUCCACAGGGAGUUGUCUGUGACCACCCUGCAUGCAAAAAUUCCUCUGUUUACGCUCAAGCGCAAAAUUUGGUGCAACAUGUGUAUUGACUUGGUAGCAUUCACCAGUGAAAUAUUCAGAGGAGCUGUCUUCCAGUCAUUGGAUGGAAUCACUGUUUCAGCCAACUGCAAACUGAGAAAGAUCUUCACUUUAAAAUCCAAGCCUCAAGAAGCUGAGGAAGAUGAUAUAUGUGGUGUUCCACUUAUGCCAUAUGAACCCACAGCUGUUAUUCCUCAAACCUGCCAGCUUCAUACAGAUGUGCCACAAGUUACACACUUGCUGAACCUGACUAAAAUUUACAACCCAGAAAUAAAAUGUGGGAGAAGCCCAGUAACAGUGCAAGAAACAGGUAGCUUGAUGAAUAGAGGACAAGGCAACGCACGCAGCAGUAAAACUCAGCAUGUAUCACAUAUUGCAUUUGGAUCAAAGAUCCUGGGGCCACCUCCAUCUUCAAACAGAAGAGGCAGAACGAGGGUAUCUGGAGAGGUAACAAAGACCCAGGGGAGCAAAAAUAAUAAUAGACCAUGCCAACUUCUAAGUUCAGGAAAGGGAACCGAAUCUGUGCCAGACACUGAGAAACUGGAGCUGUCAUCCUCACUGUGCAGUGAUUCUUCAGAUCAAGGGGGCAAAAGAAAUACUCACCAAACAACUGAAGAUUUAUGUCAAAAUGACCCUGCAAUUCAGACUCAGAAAAACUCUGAGAGUGGAGGAGCAGAUUUCCAGCUUGCCUCACCACGAGGACCAUCAGCAGAAAAGAACAGUCAUAGAUUAUCUCCAACAACUGCAGACAGAAGCACAGGGGAGAUAACCAGUGAUGAAUGGGUGUUUCCAGAAAGUGUCACUGAGGGGAUUCAGCUGGAAAGGAGUGAACAGCUUGUACCUGCAGGAGGUUCAACCUGGCACAAUUUAACCUCACCAGAGAAUUCCUCUGUUGAAGAUAACAGCAAUAAAACAGGUGAUCACCAAGUGGAUGAUACAGAGAUUUUCACAUUUUCAUCAAGGCCUUGGUCAGCUCCUUGUGGGAAGUCUCCAAAUAUGUCACCAGAAUGUUGCAUUUCCCCUUUAAAGCAAGACAUUACUGGAGCACCUGGGGAAACUCAGACUGAAGGUAACUGUCAAGGAGCUGACAGCAAUGGAGAGGGCGACAACAAUGAAUUAAUUGAGGGUAUUGAGGACCUUGAGAUCAGCCUCAGCAGGGAAGGAAUGUCUGAUUCAGCAGCUUCUAAAGAGAUCCCAUUAAAGAGGAUGUCAUGGAGAAACGAAUACUGGAAGAAUAAGGAACACAGCAAACAUGACCUCGAAGAGACCAUCUUACCAAACCCCCGGAGUUCUACUGAGAGAAAAACAGCUUCUGCUGUCUCUCAGAGAAGCUUAAAGCUUACCCUUUCUCUUUCUCCAACUCGAAGUAAAUCUAAAUAUUUUAAAGUGACUCCAAAUGGAUCUGAAAAAACUGAAAGACAUGAAGGACUUUCUGGCCAAUUAAAAAGAUCCAUCAGCAAAAAGUCUCUGACGAAAAUCUCAAGAGAAAAUUCACGUCUGACAACACCGACUUGUGAGUAUGACUGGAAAAACUACCAGUCAAACAGAUUGAGUUCAUCUGAACUACAGAUGCUGGCUAGCAUGAAGAGACAAGAAAAUGAAGAAUUAAGGGAUACUGAGAUCUCACAUGGGCUGAGUGCAUCCCAGAUGGACAACUGCAACGUCAGCAUAAGUACCAGCAGUGAUGAUACAGCAACCUGGAGCUCUUGUUUCCCACCACCUGUCAGCCAGGAGCAUCACUAUCAGAAAGAAAUGAGCCCACCCUCACAUUCUAACCCAAGGGAUUGGUUGAAUGUCUUCAGCCCCCCCAUCAUUCCUGGAAGCCAACAACUGGGAGAACACACUGAAUCUUCAAAAAAUCAGAGUAUUCCAGGUGAAAAUGACCUCCAUGCUGAAGAAGAUGAGGAAGUUUUGACUCUUUUGUAUGAUCCAUGUCUGAACUGUUACUUUGAUCCAAAUUCUGGGAAGUACUAUGAACUGGCAUAG